AUUUAUGUAAGAGUUUGGUCACCCCACUAGGAAACGUCAAUUUGUUAUUUAUCUGUGAUGGAAAUUGUUCAAAAUGGCUGAGACAGAAACCGAUAAUAACAGUAUUAUCAGAUCCGAAAGAAAUAAUAGGAAUACAGUGCCUGCCAAUGGACCCCGUCGCGUUACUAUCUAUAAAACUGAGACCGGAUUUGGUUUUAACGUGCGCGGUCAAGUGUCUGAAGGGGGGCAGUUGAGAUCGAUUAACGGUGAACUUUAUGCUCCUCUGCAGCAUGUCAGCGCUGUCCUGGAGAAUGGGGCGGCUGAGCAAGCUGGCAUCAGGAAGGGAGACCGAAUACUUGAAGUCAACGGCGUGAACGUCGAAGGCUCCACACAUAGACAAGUGGUGGACCUCAUCAAGUCUGGAGGCGACUGUCUCACUCUCACCGUCAUCUCUGUCACACAAAGAGAAGCAGAACGCCUAGAGCCAUGCGACGACGGUUCAGCGCCUGUAGGCGUUAUCGGUGGAGCCGCCAACUCCCGCGCCACAGUUUACCAACGUUACGACUACACUGACAAACGUUCCCUCCCUGUGUCCAUCCCCGACUAUCGUAUAGUGAUGGAGAGGAAUACGGGGAGGUCGUACGUUGCCUUCAACGUACAUAUGGCGGGCAGACACCUGUGCAGUAGGCGGUACAGAGAGUUCGCUGCGUUACAUCACACUCUUAGAAAGGAAUUUUUAGGUUUCAACUUUCCUAAGCUACCCGGUAAAUGGCCAUUUACAUUAAGUGAGCAGCAAUUGGAUGGCAGGAGGAGAGGUCUUGAACAGUAUUUAGAAAAGGUAUGCGCGGUCCGGGUAAUAGCAGAAUCAGAUGCUGUCCAGGAAUUCCUGACAGAUUCGGACGACUCCUCAAAUCCCACCCCAGUAGACUUGAAAGUACUUCUCCCUGAUAAAGAAGUGGUUACCGUCAGUGUACUCAAGUCUACAAACGCAGACGAUGUCUACAGAGCCGUUUGCGAAAAGAUCGGACUGUCGAAGUCUGUGCAAAAAUAUUUCUAUUUAUUCGAAAUUGUUGAGUAUAAUUUUGAACGUAAGCUCCAACCGAAUGAGUGUCCUCACUCGCUAUACAUACAGAACUACUCGACGGCGUCUAGCAGUUGUCUCUCAAUACGCAAGUGGCUGUUCAACCCUCGUACUGAAAUAUCUGUCGUCGCUGAAGACUCUACUGCUGCCGCGUUUAUAUUCUGGCAGGCGGUGGAAGACGUGAAUCGCGGCGUAUGCGUGGCGGGCGCGCGUCUGUACCAGCUGAAGGCUCUGCAGACAGUCCGGCGCGCCGCCGACUACCUGGCGCUGGCGCGGUCCCUGCCCGGCUACGGACACGUCGCCUUCCCGGCCGCGCGCGCAGACCGCACCGACCGCACCGAUCGCGCCGACCGUACCGAGCGCAGCGACCCGCUGUGCGUGGCGCUGGGCUGGCCCGGCCUGUCGCUGCACGCGCCCGACCCCGACCCCGCGCGCCCCGCCGCGCCGCCCGCAGAUAUCCCCUGGCGGGACGUCCGCGACUGGCGCGCUGACGAUGAAGCCGCCGCGGCACGAAUCACCUACACGAGAAACGAUAACCACACACGUACUCUCACACUCUAUACGCCAUAUUACCAAUUCUUAUGUAACUGCAUGGACAGAAUAGCCGAAGAAGCAAACUGGGUAGACACUGGGGAAUAAACAUCGUCCCAAGACGCCCACACACAACAUAAGAUGUAAGCUACGGAAACGGUAUUAUGCCACUUCAACGUCACAAUGUUUGGUAGAAAAAAGUAUUUAUUACCUGGCAACAUUAACACAAAGUAUUGCCACCUCAUACAAUUUCUACCAAAAUGGCGGCGCGAGAGUAUUAGUUCGUUAUUCUUAUUAUAAAAUAAUAUUAAAAAUAAUUAUUUAUCCUAAACCUUUUCAAUACAUACCUUCUAGUUGUAAUUAUACUAGCAAUAUUAGUUUUCAAACAAAAUGUCACAAAAAGAGUCGAAUUUGUUCCUUGAUAUAGAAUAUAUUAUGAGUGGUUGUCAAGCCAUUCUCGGAUAAAGACAAAAUUCUACUUCGUAGUCAUUGUAAUUUAUAAAAUUUAUUUAAAUUUUCGUGUCAUUUUGUAUGAAAACUUCAAUCCGUAAUAGGGAAAUAAUUGUUCCCUGGACGCAAUAUCAAGAUAUAAACUGUAGAUGAGUAUAUUAUACUAUUUAACUUUUAAGCAGUGCUUAUAAAGAAUUAUCUGUAGAGUAAUUACAAUUAUCCAGUUUACGAUUUGAAUGAAUAUUGGGAGAUAAUAAAAAAGUGUAAAACUCAAAGAUUUUGUUAUUAUUAACUUUGAAUGCUACUGAUAUUCAGUGGCGUUGUAAAGUCUUCUAAAACUACCAAAAUCGUAAGAUAUUCCCGAUAUUCUUUAGUCAGUCGUGUCACUCAAGGUCUCUCUCCCUAACUUAGGUAUUAUGUACUUACAAUAUUAUAAUACGAUUUUAUUUAGAUCUGCUUCAUACUAUACGCAAAAUCAUUUUAAUUUAUACCUUAAUCUAUCAUUAUAUGGGUAGAAAUAGAUCAUUAAUUACAUGGCUCUGUGCUCAGAGUGAUUUAAUGCUUACUUUACCUAGUUCUUUGUAAUUGUUUUCGCAAUGAAAUCAUUUCUAAAGAAUAGUUUGAGCAGUCAUUAAAGGCUCUGAGUAUGGAACUUAGUCUAAAUAUUUUUAUUAAAACAAUCCAUCGAUCGAAUUGUUCGAAAAUAGUUUAAUAUAAUAUGUAGGGAAAUGUUUUUAUUUACAUUUAUAAUAUUAUACGCAUCGUAAUAGCAGCUGAAAGCGCAGUUUUAUUUAUAAGACAAUUUUAUUUAGUUGUAUUUUUAAUAUAUUCGUGUAGUAAUCGUAGUGAUGUGAAUCAUUAACGCAUUUACAGUGAUAAUGUAAAAUAUAUUACAAAUUAACUUUAAAUCAAUAAUCUUCAUUAUGUAGGUUAUUUUGUUUGUAAAAUAUAUUUAAUCAUAUCAAUAAACAGUUCUAUUUAUUACGAAAAUAUCGAUCAAUCAAUCGUUUGUUGUUUGUCUAAGUCACUAGAUGGCGUUGUUCUCAAAAAAACAAGGUAAACUUGAAUGAUGUAUUUUUCAAAAAAUGUUGAUUAAAUAUGUUUUACAAAUAAAGACGUUAAGAAUAUCAUUAAUAGGGAUUAAGUAAAAUCAAUUAUAUAUUAUAGUUCGUGAGGUGUACGUGUUAGGUGUUUGAGUAACCGCCUUUAUACUAUUAUCAUUUUUAGAGUUUAUUUGUGGCUGUUUAAGUGAUACAUGUAAUACAUUAACAAAUAUAUAAAAAUGGCCUCUACGUAACUUAAAU